UCCAUUUAUUGCACGAUCAUGACUGGUAGAGGGAGACAACGCAAGGCAAAGAGUCCUGACACUAAAUGUGGCAAGACUAAAACUAGACCGGAGGAAAUUAAACAAGAACUUCUGCCCAGAUGUCCAAGGAAAAACUUUAAAGAAGAGAUGCAGAAUGGCAUGACAAAGGAACAGAAACCAAAUGAGCAGAAAAGAGCAAACCACACUGAAGAGACACCAUCUGUACAGAGCACACGGAAAGACAAGACCACAAAACAUUUCACAGAAGCUCCAAUAGAAGGUACUAAAGCCAAAACCUGUGCUAGCAGGACCAAAACCACAGAAGAGGAGAUAAAGACGCAGACACCAAACGAUACCACAAAGGAUUCUCUAAAGACCACAAAAGCAAAAAAAUGUGGUGGGAAGGCCAAAUCGGCAGAACAAUUUUCAGAGGAGAUGACACAGAUGCAGCUAAAGACACCGAAGGACACCACAAAGGCUUCUAUAAAGACCACAAAAGCAAAAGCAUGUGGUGGGAAGGCCAAAUCGCCAGAACAAUUUUCAGAGGAGAUGACAAAGAUGCAGCUAAAGACACCGAAGGACACCACAAAGGCUUCUAUAAAGACCACAAAAGCAAAAGCAUGUGCUGGCAAAGCUAGCACAGCGGCUGGCAAAGAAGCUCUACAUUGCUUCAAAGAGGAGACAACCAAGUUGAAUCCAGAAACAUGUAAGGACACCACAAAGACUUGUGUACCCCAAGACAUGUGUAAAGACAAAGCUGCAGUGGACUCUCUCCUCCAUGCAACUCUUGAAACAUUGAAGAUUAAGAAGAAUGAAAAAGCAGAUGCAGCAGAAGUCAUCAACAAAAUAAUAACAAAUAUCGUCAUGCAUUUGAAACAGAACACUCAGUGCUUUAAAGAAGUAGAAGAGCCGCUACAUACUGGAAGCUACUAUGAAAAUCUGAAGAUUUCUAAUCCUGAUGAAUUUGAUGUCAUGCUGCCCGUUCCUGUUAACCGAGUGGACAUUCAACCAUUUGGAGAUGAUGGAGCCUUUUACAGUGUGGCAUUAAAACGUGGCAGCUCUCUGCAAAAAUUUCAAGAGGACAGCACUUUGUCCGCCAGUAUGAUGCUCAAGGAGUUCAGGGAAGAAGUGAAGAAAAGUGUCAAGACAUUUACAGAAUGGGAGGUGGAAAAAAAGAAAAAAGGCUGCCCUGCAGUGACCCUGAGCACAAAACUACAAUCAGUCACCAUUUCACUGGAUGUUGUUCUCUGUCUCGUGGUUAAAUCGAGCUGGCCAUCAUUCACCAAAGACGGCCUUAAAAUAGAGGGCUGGCUGGGACGUAAAGUAAAGCAGGAACACAAGCGAAAGCCAUAUUAUCUUGUCCCAAAAUAUGAAGGCAGAGGAACAGUGGAAAAUGAUGGGGUCCCUGCUAAGAAUAGUUGGCGGGUUUCAUUCUCUCAUAUUGAGAAGGCCAUACUGAAGAAUCAUGGAUCGGAGAAGACAUGCUGCGAAAGAGGCGGAGAACGCUGCUGCAGGAAGGACUGUUUGAAGCUCCUAAAGCACCUUCUGAGUCUGCUGAAGGAAAAAGACUCUUCAUUUGACAAGUUCUGCUCCUACCACGCCAAGACAACGCUCUUACAUGCCUGCUGCUCUAGAAAUAAAGACAGUGAUUGGAGGGCCUCAAGUCUUAGUCACUGUUUUCAGCUGCUCCUGCAGGACUUUGUAGCCUCCCUAAAAGAUCGUGUCCUCCCCAACUUCUUCAUACCAUCUCAGAACCUGCUCUCCGGUUGUAGCCAGACGAGAUGCAAUAACCUGGCUCGUUGUAUCAGGGAGGAAGGUGACAACGGCUUUCCCAUUUUCAGUGUGUGAAGUGUUUGUCAUGACUAUUGGUGUUUGAAACAUCCUUUAAGUAAAAAUUGGGCAACUAAAGCCAGAGUAAUCUUUCAAGGAAUUAAAGUAUAAUAACAAUGGCAUUCAUGUGUAAUGUUUUCAUUCCUGUGCGUACUAAAUUUAUUCUCUCUUAUUUCUUCUCAUUUAUUGUUUAUUUAAAUACGUUGCAACAUCACAGAGAGAAAUGCUACAUUUAAGUCAAAGAAAAAAAUAAAAAGACAAUGAAUAUGUCAUUUAGUAACCUUAUUAGUAAUCUUAAAUGAUAAAUGAAUAACUUCAUGUUAAAAAUUCUAUUUAUGUAUUUGCAUUUUAUCUCAUUCUAAAUGUAACACUA